GAAUAACCGGUGACAGUGCAAAGAAACGUCCCUUUCAAUUGAAUCGAAUUGAAAAAUGUAAUAAAUUGCAUCGAUCUUUCUAACGAGUUGUUAGCUGUUAAAUUUUAAAAUAUCUAACGCUUGAAUUAUCUCUAAGAGGUUACUGGAGCGAGUAAUAUCAUAUAUGUACUGUUUUUAAGUCGUGCACGUACGAGAAUUUUCGACACGAUCGUGAACGAGGCAUCCAUAAAAGCGUCGGUGUUACGCAAUCGGGGGGGAGGGCUGUCCAUGCAAAGAGAGGAGGGGGACGUAGGAGGAUACGUGCAAAUACAGUCCUGAGCACAAAGUACCUAUCUUGUGUUCUGACAGCUUUUGUACACGUAAAGCGACAGACGGGGUUGUCUGACAGAUUCGGGACGUUUUCACCGAGAGGAUCCGUGUACGGAGAAAAGCACUCCCCCCGGGUUUGAUAUCAAGAGUUGCUGGGCCUGAGCCGUGCAGCCUUGUGUAGGUUUGGUUUUCACCCCCCAAGUGUCCCGUGGAUAUCAGCUGACCAUGGUGGUCUGAACAGAGAAAACGGGAGGAAAAGAAAAAGCCUGGCGCAGUGUGUGUACACUCUAACACAGCGAAGCUUGACCACAAGCGGAGCAGAGAGAAGAGCCGGAGCAAAGAGGAGGGGAAAACAAAAAAAGCACAUUUAAAUACAAAAUGUCUCAAAACAGAGAACUGGUGCUUUUCUACAUAAGGUAUAAACUCUCCCAGAGAAACUAUCCUCUCAACCACAUAGUACUCAACGAGCCUUUGAACAGGACUGAUGGGGGGGCGGCGGGGUUGGAUGAGGAACAGCGAAUAGACACACACGCCAAUGGGACUUUUAAUGGCACGAGUCCCGGGACCCCUCCGGCAUCCCCGCAGCGGCAGCAGCAGCCGCCAUCAACGACGGACCUCGACGCAGUGAAGGAGGCGCUCCGGGACACGGCCAAUGAGUUCGAGCUGCGAUACGCUCGUGCCUUCAGCGACCUUCACAGCCAGCUGCACAUCACGCCGGCCACGGCCUACCAAAGCUUUGAGAACGUGAUGGACGAGGUGUUCCGGGACGGCGUCAACUGGGGCCGCAUCGUAGGGCUUUUUGCGUUCGGCGGGGCACUGUGUGUCGAGUGCGUCGAGAAGGAGAUGAGCCCCUUGGUGGGCAGGAUCGUAGAGUGGAUGACCGUCUACCUAGACAACCACAUUCAGCCCUGGAUCCAGAGCCAAGGAGGAUGGGAGCGCUUCGCUGAAAUCUUCGGGCAGGAUGCGGCGGCCGAAAGCCGGAGGUCUCAGGAGAGUUUCAAGAAGUGGCUGCUGGUGGGGAUGACGGUGGUGACGGGCGUUGUGGCUGGUGCUCUUAUCGCGCAGAAACGCCUGUGAGCCCUCUCGCUCUCCACUCGCCUCCUUCACAACCCUCAACAUUUAGAUGAAGGUCCAGUUCGUCUCAUCAUAGCUGCUGACGAUGUUUACUCCCCUAACCCCUACUGUCCUGCAUCCCUCCCCCCCAUCCACUCCCACAGUGGACUAAGAAUCCUCAAAUGUUGAACUGUUGAGAAGAAGAAAGAAGACAGAUAUUGAAAGACGUUUCGUUUUACAUUCUCCAAAACCAGUUGUUCCUUUCAUUCCAUUCUCCACUCGUUCCUACACCUUGUUUAUAUGUAAUAGUUUUAACAAAUUUGUUUCCCCAUUUUCAUCAACAGAACAAGCUGAAACCGAUUCUAAUCUUACAGUUUAAUCCAGACUUAUCUAAUGGCUCUAGAUGUGUUGUUGUUGAAGCUUGUUUUUCCUCUAAUGCGUUUCAACAGACGCCACAAUCACAGCUCUGUAAAGCUCUGUGUGUGCCAUAUGGAGAGCAAAGUCAGGGGAAAGUUUACUGUAAGUCUUUCGUAGUUUCCUGCCAGCCAUCCCGAUCACCGUCACAUACAGCAACAAUAACCCAUCACUUCACACAUUGGGGUUUUUUUUGGUUUUUUCCCCCUCACCCUGUCUUUCAUGCCGGUUGGCUUGUGUAUGAGCACUAGAUUAAACUGACUCAUGCAGAUUAGCGUCCACUAGUUUGUUUGUUGAUGCGUGUUUUUGUUUGUUUGUUUGUUUGUUUUGUUUUUUCUUUAUUUCUCAACUAUUAAAAUCCCACCCCGACUGGUCUGUGCUUUAUGGUCAUAGUUGGCCUCAGUUCGAUUGCCAGACCAUCACGUGUGGCAGGUUGUCAGAAUCAGUUCAACCACAGUUCAUAGGAGCAGGGUGCCAUGGCUCAGACGCUCGAUGUUCACCAUACAGUAGCUGAAGAAUGCAGCCAUUACUGUAGCAAUUCAUGCAAUAGCUAGAGCUUCAUUGUUUCCAGGCAUGCUUUGGCUACACUGAAAGAAGUGUCUUUAAUCUUAAAGGGGACCUAUCAUGCUUUCUAUCAUGCAUAUUUCCUGUGGUGGUGCUCAUAUUAAAUGGGGCUUCAAAUUUAAGUGUGCAGAGUUUCAGAACAUUUCGUCAUCAGCUGACGCGAUCAACAUCUGUGCUCCUCCCACCAAGAAAAAUCAAAACACCAACAUCUUUGCUAUGAUAGUGAAGUGCCCGACACCGCACAGUGAAAAUGUUUCGAAACUCUUUCUCUCUGACGCAUGUAACCACAUGAUUGGCUAAUAAUUCUCCAAUUUCAUCUGCUGAUUGGCUUUUUGGCGAGAGAGCCAGGGAAACAACAUUGGCGUCUCAGAAUUCUCCCACAGAUUUUUAUCUGGGAAUCUUUGAGCGCCAUAUCUCCUCCUCCAUAUAAUGUUGCUGCUAUUAGCACAGCAGCCACUCACAUUCGCUGUUUAAACCUUGUGUUUACAAGAGGCAGCCAAUCGUAAAACUUCCCUGAAAGGAAGUGUAAGGGGGCUAAAACGGCAUCAAAGCCCAGUAUACAAUCUAAGGAUUAUUUUGGAGUGUGAGUCAUGCCCUUAAUAGGUCCACUUCAAGAUUGUCAUUGGGUGAUACGUUUGGUACUACUUUGUUUGAACACCCCCUCCUCUAUAAACAGUAUAAAAAAUGUCAUAUAUUCUAACACUGCUGCAGUGUAAUUCCUAUGAGGCAUCAGUAACAGGUGUAUGAACAGUUAAUCAGUAACUGACAAUGUAACAGCUCACAUGAACAAAUCAUGUAUGAAUGAGUGCGAUUGGCCUCAUUCAUACAUGCUCAAGAUCCACUUACAAGGUUUCAACUACACUUCAUGGCCUUCAUCACAUAGAGCAAAGAUGGAUUUGGCAGUUCAAAAAUAAUCAUGUGGUAAAAGCUUAAAUAACAAAAGUGGUGAUAUAAAAGACCGAACGCUCUGUAUUUGGCUUUAUGACACCGGCACAACACAGCUGGAGGUCUACCAGAAUUGUUGACACGGUUAUCAGCUUGGCUGUAAUAGCAGUCGUCUAUUGCCUGUUCAUACUCCAGGUGCAGAUGCUUCACAGGAUUUACAGCUACUUUAUAUUACUAUAAAGCUGCAAUUAUGAAUCAAUUAAGGUGCAACUGGUUUGAUGAUUGUUACUGAUCUAAAAGUCAUUGGGUCCAACUUCUAUAAUGCUGCUUUUAAUUAACUGACAAUGAAAACAGCCCCUAGAUGCAGCCAUAACUGCUUAAAUACACCAUUCGUUUAAGUUUUUUUUUGGGGGGGGGGGUGUGGAUGAAAGUAUUUGAGUCAUUUUCACAGAUUAUUUUGCAAUAAAAUCCUAAUCAUGAGCUGCACUGUUCAAACACACAGCUGUUUGUUUUUUCCUCCCUAUAGUUUAUUUUCCCCACUGUGUCCUAAUCAAUUUUUAUUUUUGAGCCUUUAGUCACAUCUGACACUGAUCAGUGACACACUUCAUGCUUCGUGUUAUUGUCACCGGAGCGAGCAGAUUUAUGUAGCAAACUGAUGAAGCAGCUGUCCUUCAGGAGACGAUGCGGUUCUGCUUCGCGUCGUCUGCGAGCUAAAGAAAUGUGUCACCUCGUGUCUGUGUACCAUCUUGAGCAAAUCGGCAGCUGUCAGCGGCUGUAGGAGCGUGAAACUCAAAAUCUAAACAUUCAUAUCUUAUCUCACUCAAUUCCAGUUAUCCACAAACCCCUCCCACCCCUCUUUUUCCACCUCCUUCGUCCUCCCCAGACGCUUCAAAGCUGUCAAACCUCCAUCCGUCUCUCCCUCUCUUCCCCUCGCCAUCCAGCUCCACCUCUUCCUCCCGCGGUCCCCCAGCUGUCACUGCACUUAGUCACGUGUGUCAGUCACAGCUGGCCCACCUGCUGCUUCGCAGACUCAUGCACACACGUGCCAAUCAGAGCGGGUCCACGGGAGAUGGAGGAAGGGAAGGAGACACCUAUCCAUCUUUAAUCUGAAGCUGAAGUUAGAAGAGUGUUUGUCGCCUGGCGUGUUGUGCACCAACAACUGGCAGCUCGAUUAAUUUACUAGGAAGGAUGGGGUGGGGGUGGGGUGGAGAAGGGAGUACACUCAUUCCCGUUCCCAGAAUCUUCCCACUGCUUCCAAAUUUGAUCUCAUUCCAAACAGCGUCUCUCUCUUUCUGCUGAACAGUAUGUCCUACAGCACAAUAAAGCAAUGUGGAGCUUUACAGGCAAGUGCUGUUUUCUCAUCGAGGCACUACACUCAGCCACACCUAGUAAACAUUAAAGGAACACAGUGUAAUGCAAACAAAGAAAAAAAGCAUUUCUGGUUGAGACAUCCAUCAUGGUGUCCAGCUACCAGCUGUGCCUCCAUGUUCAAAACAAGGACUCAUCACUCAUGUCAGAUAUUGGCUCCCUUAUGUUACCGUCCACAUAUUUUUCCUGUUAAUGGCCUGAUUUUUGACCUGGUAAUGAAUAUUUCACCAAAAUCACAUAAAUUGCAUAACCUGAAUAAUCAGUAUCAUUUGGUUUGCUCGUGUUCUCCUCACCGUCUUGUUAGCCAGGGUAUGUUCUCAAACAUUCCAGUACAGUAUAUAUCUAUUUUUUUAGCCCCAUCAAGAAGCUCCUCACAGGCUUGUCCCUGCUGUCCGGGCCCCUGACUCUAACGAGCUCUUUUCUUACCCAUUUAUAGACACGUGUGUGUGUGUGUGUGUGUGUGUGUGUGUGUGUGUGUGUGUGUGUGUGUGUGUGUGUGUGUGUGUGUGUGUGUGUGUGUGUGUGUGUGUGUGUGUGUGUGUUUGAGAGAGCAUGUGUGUGAAUUUCUGUCUGGCAGAAGGGAGGCACAAAUGAAGGAAGUGUGACAGCAUUGGCACGACCCCCCCACAUAUAUAUGCUAGUUAUUUAAGCUGAUUAGAAUAGUAUUAGCUUAGCGAAAUAUUUAAAACAGACCUGAUGGCUUUCAACUUUAUUUAUAUUUGGUGUCAAAAAAAAAAAAAAUAGAAAAAGAAAAAAAAAGCAUAACUGUGCCCCUUCAAAUGGCCUUAAAUUCCAUCGUUGCAUCCAUGUGCACUGUCAGUCGUGUUUUUUUUUCUUUAGGACUGUUGGGCUGCUAGUAGAUGAAAAGAAAUGCAAACAAAUCAAGAAAAUAUUUUCAAAAAAAGUUCUCUGGUGUGUUCCUGUUGGGUCUAAAUUAAAGUUUGCUGUCAUGUCCAAUGGUCACUUUGUAUGUCUUUAGAAUGCCAAUGUAAAAUUUGAAAUGACACUGAACCUAUUAAAGCCCGUUGUUGGAAGAUA